AUGGCGGUCCUUCUGCUGCUCCCGGUCCUCGCCACAGCCUGCGUGUUCUCCGUGGGGGUCGGGCUCUGGGUGGUCUGCAGCCACUUCCUCACUGCAGACAUCCCAGCAGCCAUCGGCCACCCUGUGAAACUGCGGGUCUUCCAUUGCCUCUUGCAGCUGUUGGUGACAUGGGGGAUGAUUUUCGAGAAACUGAGGCUCUGCUCUAUGCCCCAGUUUGUCCGUUUUGUUCACGAUCUGAUGCCGCUUAAGAAGUAUCCGGACUUGGAAAUCAAGGACCUCCAGUUUGGGACGAUCCCUGUGAGGCUGUACCAGCCCAAGGCGUCCUCAAACGCCCUCCGGCCCGGCAUCCUGUUCUACCACGGCGGCGGGGCCGUCCUGGGGAGCUUGAGAACUUACCAUGAUAUAUGCUGUCAUUUGUCCAAAGAGACUGACUCGGUGGUUCUAGCAGUCGAAUACCGCAGAUUGCCCAAGCAUUCAUUUCCGGUGCCCGUAAAGGACUGCAUGGCGGUCACCGUCCUGUUCUUGAAGUCCUUGAAUAUGUACGGGGUGGAUCCAGCCCGGGUGGUAGUCUGUGGUGACAGCAUAGGAGGGGGCUUGGCAACAAUAAUUUGUCAAAACCUUGUGGACAAUUCAGAUCUUCCUAAGAUCCGUGCUCAGAUCCUGAUCUAUGCUGCUCUCCAGGCCCUGGAUUUCCGGACCCCUUCCUAUGCGCAGAACAAGAACGUUCCCCUGCUCAGUCUGAAUUUUGCCUUCUACUGUUGGUUUGCUUACCUGGACAUCAGCCCUUCCUGGAAAAGCACGGUUUUGAAAGGUGCCCACUUGCCUGUCGAAGUCUGGGAAAAGUACAGAAAGUGGUUGGGUGCAGAAAACCUCCAGGAGAGGUUUAAGAAGAGAGACUACCUGCAAAUACCCCUUGAGCCCCUGAAUGAGGCUGCCUAUCUGGAGACAAACCUCGUUUUGGAUGUGCAGAACUCGCCCCUGAUUGCGGAUGACGAGGUGGUGUCCCGGCUCCCCGAAGCCUGCAUCGUGAGCUGUGAGUAUGAUCUUCUCCGGGACCACUCGCUGUUGUACAAGAAAAGGCUGGAGGACCUGGGGGUCCCGGUUACUUGGCAUCACAUGGAGGAUGGUUUCCAUGGAGUGUUAAACACCCUUGACAUGGGCUUCUUGUACUUCCCCUGCUCCACCAGGAUUCUGAAUGCUGUGGUCCAUUUUAUUGAAGGGCUGUGA